CUCUGGCAGAGCGUCUGAAUGCCCAAAUCGUGUCUGCCCAGAGCUGCACGGGCCUGCUCACAGCCCAGGAGGCUCAGCGCAUCCAGCAGCUGCACCAGGAGAACCAGGAGUUCCUGCGCAUCCCGCGGAGGCCACGCUGGGAUAGGACAACCAGCGCAGAGGACUUGAAGCAAGCGGAGAGGGAAAGCUUUCUUGAGUGGAGGCGACAGCUUGCCCACCUUGAGGAAGAGAAAAAGUUAAUUCUAACCCCAUUUGAACGAAACUUGGAAUUUUGGCGUCAGCUUUGGAGAGUCAUUGAAAGAAGUGACAUUGUAGUCCAGAUAGUAGAUGCUAGAAACCCCCUUCUGUUUAGAUGUCAAGAUCUGGAAAGUUACGUUAAGGAAGUCAGUAAUGACAAGGAGAACAUGAUCCUGAUCAACAAAGCAGAUUUGCUGAGUGAGGAGCAGCGGGCUGCUUGGGCACAGUUCUUUGAGAAGGAGGGUGUGAAGGUGGUGUUCUGGUCAGCAUUGGCAGAGUGUAAACGGCUGUCUGGAGAAGCAAAGGAACAGGACGCUGAAGGUGUAGCAGAGCACUCGAGUGAUUCUGAGGAUGAAAGCUCCAGUCAAGAAGAAGACAACACAGCACAAGGUAGCGCAGAAAGCACAUCCACAGACAAUGCUUUGCAAACUGUAAACCAAGUUCUGCUUAGUGAUGAUGACAGCAGUGAUGAAUAUGAAGACUGUGAAGAAGAUGAAGAGGAGGCCUGGCAAACCUGUUCUGAAGAUGAAGAUGGGGACAACAUAAAUGCUAUUGCUCCAGAGAGGAUGGGAAACAGGACUGAUGGUGCUGCAGUGCGGCAUGUAGUGCAAGAGCAGAACAGGAAUGUCAGGAACUUCAGCCAUCUAGUACAGAGAAAUGAGCUGCUGGAGAUAUUCAAAACCGUGCACGAUGGACCAAGGGUGAAGGAUGGGGAAGUAAAUGUUGGGCUGGUGGGUUACCCUAAUGUUGGCAAAAGUUCAACCAUCAACACAAUCCUUGGAAACAAGAAGGUGUCAGUGUCUGCUACACCAGGCCGUACAAAACACUUUCAGACCCUGUAUGUGGAGCCUGGCCUGUGCCUUUGUGAUUGCCCUGGUCUGGUGAUGCCAUCUUUCGUCUCUACCAAGGCAGAAAUGAUUUGUUCUGGAAUUCUGCCUAUAGACCAGAUGAGGGACCAUGUCCCACCUAUUUCUCUAGUUUGCCAGCAUAUCCCACGAAACAUUUUGGAAGCAACCUAUGGAAUAAGUAUUAUAAGGCCAAGGGAAGAUGAGGAUCCAGAUCGAAAGCCAACAGCUGAAGAGCUGCUAACAGCAUAUGGAUAUAUGAGAGGCUUUAUGACAGCUCAUGGACAGCCAGACCAGCCGAGAUCAGCUCGAUACGUGUUAAAAGACUAUGUCAAUGGGAAGCUGUUAUAUUGCCACCCACCUCCUGGUAUUGACCCAAAUGAUUUUCAGCACCAGCAUCAAAGAUGCCUGGAGAGCAGAACUGUGCAGGCCCCUGGACAGGUGAAGCCUGAGAAGAAUACCAAAGCAAAGCAGAUUGAAAAUGUGGUGGACAAAACAUUCUUCCACCAGGAGAAUGUCCGUGCCCUCAUGAAAGGGGUCCGGGCUGCAAUGGGAUACCGGCCUGGCAGCGGCCUCGUGCCUGUGACUGCAUCCAAUCCUGGGAACGUGGUAGGAAAGCCCUGGAAAAAACAUGGAAACAGGAACAAGAAGGAGAAAAUCCGCAGGAUCACCAAGCACCUGGAGGCUUAGCUGUGGUACCAGUACUGGGCUUUUCCAGGGCAGGGACUGCACUGUCCCACAGGCCUUAAUUGAGGAGUAAAAUAAAAAGGAUAAGUGGGCAUCACUAGCUCACCUGGUAGCUCUGUGCUGUGGAUUGGCCUGGGCAGGGGUAAGGGUGGGCUCUGGUAGUUGGAGCUCAUCCCUACUGGGAACAAAAGAGACCUGGCUGUUUGUGUUAUCUGGAAGCCAGCCCAGAUGUUUGACUGCUGCUGAAACAUCCUUUCAAUGGGAGCAGAUGGAGCCAUGCGGGAGUGUUUUUUCCUUCCAUAAAGGAUGUAUUUUAUGGCUGUUGCAAUCAAAGCAAGUCCUGUAAAUCUGACUAAAAUCUUUAUAAACAGUUGAACUUCAGUGAGUGAUGUUUGUUACAUUAUGAGACACUAUUGCUCAUCUCCUUUUUUUUUUUUUCUGUCUUUAAAGCUGGUUUGUUGAUUUGACAGAACACUUUAGUGUGUUGAAAAAUGAGGUAAAGUGAUCUUUAUUGCCCUCUUCCUUCUCUGCUGUGCCAGACCUAUUCUGUAGAAUCUGGUACUGAAACCACUCCCAAUUUCCCAGCUUGAGCAGAGCAUGGCACACUGUGCAAGGAAAAUGCUGCUUUUAUGUCCUUCACGCUGAGCUGGUAUCAGUUGUUUUCCUGUGUGACUUCCCACUGGUAUUUUAAAACAUUAGCUCCGUUUGACUGGCUAAAAAUCUGGUGCUAAUUUGUCCUUAAAUAUAUUUGAGAUUUUACUUCCUA